GGUUAACAUUCCGAAGAGCCUUUUAAAUGCAUCACUUGUAUGCAAUUUCAGCUGUCGGAUUCUUUUGAGGGCUUGUCUUUGAAGAUUCCAUUGUUUGAAGUUGUUUGAUGCAUUUGUAACCUUUCACCUCCACGUCAUUUGCAUAGUGUCAUUCGUGAAUCGUGUUUACGUUUGCGUAGUCUGGUAUCGGUCUCCCCUCUGUGCACGUUGUACAGUGGCUGUGCAAGUACAUACCAGACAUUGAAUAGUUUGUUAUUUUGGCAAUGCCAAUGUUUUGUGUGUCGCCCACAACAAGAUAAUGUUUCUUUUAUGUUUAAUCUCUUAAAUUAAUUGCACAUUUAAAAGCAAUGCAAGCUAGCAGUGAUCACCCAAGCUGUACUGCAACACCCGCUUGAAGAUGGCGUGAAUUGCAAUUAAUUAAGUCCAGCUGAGCUAUCGGAACGUUCAUUCCUUGACUACCUGGGACCUUUUCAGCUCAAAGGCUGCUCUGUAUGUAAAUGAACCACUGAAUGAUCUGAAUGUACAGUCAGGUAACAGCUGUCAUUGACAGUCAUAAUGUCACUCAUUUCUUCAUGGACUGGUUUGGAAAUAAGAAUCUUCUAAGAUGGUGUGUAGGGGAAGACAUUGGCCAAAGGUACAUCGAUAGUAACGUCAUGUGAUCAACACAUCGUCAGUUUGUAAUGUUCAUCUUAGAUGACAUGAUUUGACGUUAUCAUCCAUUGACGUUUAUUAAAAUAAAAUUGUAAACCCUGUCGAGGUUUCGUAAAAAGACAGAACGUCUGUUGGACCUGCCAGACAUUCAAAACUUUACAAUGGGCCAGUCACUGCGUAGACAACGAAGACCACGGAGUUACAACAGGGUAACGCGAUUGCCAAGUAUCUUUGAUCCCAAGGAAAAGUUGCCGGAUCUGACAGAAAUGCCAGCCGAACUUGCGUACAUGGUGUUGUCAAACUUGAACGCUGAAGACUUGUGUUUGGCGAUGUGUGUGAAUCACUUAUGGAGUGAGCUGUCAAGGGACGAUCUUCUUUGGCAGGGGUUAUGCCGAGGUACAUGGCGCUAUGUAUCCUGCUAUGACAGGGAGUUGGAGCAUGGUGUGACCUUCAUGGAUUUGUAUCUGAAGCUUGAUGAAGGAACGCUGACAUUCAACGCUGAUGCCCAAAUGGGUGUGGAAUACUUCAUACGUCAUGCUCUCAUUGAUGACACACCUCUUGCCCUUGCUAAAUUCAUUCACAACACUAAUAAGCUAGACAGGUUUCAAGUCAGGCAGCUUCUUACCAAAAGGCAAGAUAUUCUUCAAGAGCUUGUGUACCUUGACGACUACAAGAAAAAGUUGCUCCCCAACGCUCUCAGAACCUUCUUCUCCAAUAUUCAGUCCCCGGGUGAGAAUGGACACCAGCUACAACGACUUCUGGAGAUCUUUGCCGAGAGGUUCGUCAGUUGUAAUCCUGACUGUGGACUGUCUAAAGAUGGUAUCUGCAUCCUGUGCUACUCGCUGAUCCUCCUCUCCGUAGACCUGACAAGCCCCCACGUCAAGAACAAGAUGUCGAAACGAGAAUUCAUCCGUAACGUCCGCAACGCCACGCGGGAAGCCAACGAUGAGCUUUCGGGUCAUCUCUAUGACAACAUCUAUCUAGUGGGUCACAUCGCACCGCAGAGGUGGUAGCCUUGCGGACAGGAGGUCAGAGGUAUUGCUAAGUAUUGAUUUUAUUGUCUGUAAUAAUAGACUAGUGGUACACUCAAAGUUAGUACACUUUACACUCUUAACUAGCUUGUUAUUCUGCUGCUUAUCACAAUUUGUUCUUACUGUCUUAAUAAUGGAACCAAAUCUUAAUGAGAGCAAAAAUUAGAAAGAUACGGGAUUUGAGGCAUUGCAUGGUGAGGUACUGUAUCAAUAUAUAUUUGGUUUGCGGUAACACAAUGUAUGUAUAUAUUUACUAAUUUUUUUUGAGACAAUGACUAGAGCAGGCUUGUCGAAAUGUUGAGACCAACUGAACAUAAUCCUCGGUAGUGAAGAUAAUCUUGAACUUCCCUUGAUUCACUAAAGCAAAAGUAGUAGAUUUUUCUACGUUCCACCCAGGUAGUAGUUUAAAAGCAAGCCGUUCUUUUAACAACUGAUAAGUAUCCCGAGUUCUCAAAAUCUAUUCCACGAUAGACGAAUAUAAAGCUAGACAAGUUCUCAAAAGAACCAAGACUACCGAGAAAGUGGGUACACACAUGGUGUUACUACAAACCAAGUAUUAAUUAGAAUGAUGUAAGUAAUCAAAGAAAAGGUAAAUGUGGAGACCAUACUGGUCAAUUGUUUCAAUGAGAAAGAGAGUUUGGUGAGACUUUUAAACUGAAUACGAUUCAAAAACGGCUUGAAUGAACUAAUGACGUUUUUUUGUCACCAACUUUAUUACCUGAGGAUCCAAUCUAACAAAAUGAGCUGAAGCAUUCAGCAGAAAUAAAAAACUUGUGUCCGCUCCUUGUGGAUUUUGAGGAUGAGCACUUUUAGAUAAUCGAAUGAAAAUGUGUGAUUUACAAAUGUGUUGAAAUAGUUUUAUUCUACAAAAUUAUGGCUGGGGAAAAUCAAAUUGGGCUCUGGUGUUACGCAUACCUUAAGGUCAUUCAGGUAUUUUUGUAAGGCUAUUUAAUGCUGUUGCACCUAUCUUUGUAAAAACAAAUGGCAAGAGGUCUUUGACAACACAGAGCAAGAGUUCUUUGACAAUACAGAAAGAAAAUAUUCCCCAUUGAUGAGUACCCUCAACCCCGACAAGAAAUUCUAGAGAUUUCUCUUGCUAGUCCUUAAAUCAAAUGUUGGGAAAUGAUGUUCAGUCUCACACUGUCUUGUCAUUCAUCCUGUUUAUUUAGCACGGCUGAAGGAGGCACUUGUAAUGUAUCAAAAUGUCACGGAAUAAAAUCGUAUAUACCCCGUGAAAUUUACGUCCUCAUGGACUUUCCUGUUGCAAAAUAAAUUCAAGGGUUGGGUUAGAAUUUAUGACGUGAUUGGACUUUAGGUAUCUUUAUCAACAAUCAUUUGUGGACAGGUCGAAAAUAAAUCCUGCCAUAUAUUCAAUUGUUUGGAAACAGUGCAGAGUGUGUUGUAAUUGAUGGUCUUCUGGCACGUGUACAGAGCUUGUAGUGUUUAUUAUUAAACUCGUGGAGAAUUACUUGUUUUGCUGGACAUGUGGGGACGGUUUGUUUCACUGACAAUGUCUCUUUGACAAAACUUAGUUUUUGAGAUGAUUUUCAGGAAAGUCUCUGGAUAGGUCUCCUUUUAAUGGCGGGAAUGGAUGG